AUAUAGAGUUAGUUCAACGGAUGGCAGUCAGUUGCGAACACAGGUUCCAUCAGAACAAAGCAAGUUAUCAAACAUGGCAGCUAAGUUCGUCAUACUAGCGUUGCUGGUUGCAUCUACACACGCGAGCGGUGGCUUCUCAAGCUUCUCCUACGGUGUUUCUGACCCCAACACCGGUGAUAUCAAGGACCAGCAUGAGAAACGCGUCGGAGGCAACGUCGUGGGACAGUAUUCGCUGCUUGAAUCCGACGGCACUAAGCGCGUAGUCCACUAUUCUGCUAAUGACGCCACCGGAUUCAAGGCUGUUGUGCAUAAGGAACCAGUUGGAGCUUUAGGCGCUGGUGUCAUCGGGGGCCCUCUAGGACACGCCGGUGCUUUAGGACAUGGCGCACCCAUAGCUGGUCAUUUGGCUCUUGGAUCUCCUCUAUCUGGACAUUUGGGACAUGCUGGUCCUUUGGCUCAUCCCGCUGUUGCACCUGGUGCUGCUCAUGCCGCGCAAGCCGCUGCCGCACAACACGCCACACAUGCUGCUGCCACGCAACAUGCCGCGCAAGCCGCUGCCACGCAACAUGCCGCGCAAGUCGCUGCUGCGCAACACGCCGCGCAGCACGCCGCACAUGCUGCUGCCACGCAACAUGCCGCUCAAGCCGCUGCUGCGCAACACGCCGCGCAGCACGCCGCACAUGCUGCUGCCACGCAACAUGCUGCGCUAGCCGCUGCCGCGCAACAUGCCGCGCAAGCCGCUGCCGCGCAACAUGCCGCGCAAGCUGCUUCCGUGAGCCACGCUGCGAAAUUGGCCCAUGCUCAUGCUGGACCUCUCAGCCAUGCUGGCCCUCUUGCCCAUGCUGGACCUCUUGCUCAUGGUGGACCUGUUGCUGCUGCUGGUCCCUUGGCUCACGGUGCGCUUGCCAACCCUCUGGCAUAUGGUAAAGCUGCUGGUGUCUAUGGUCAAGCUGGUCUCUACGGUCAGGGAGGUCUCUACGGCCAAGCUGGCCAUGCUGGUCUUUAUGGCGGUUACGGCAAUCCCUUGACUGGCUCUCACGGUGCUGCUGGUCAUGGUGCUCCCGUUGUCUCCUCCUACUCCCACCGCAUCGUGCACAACGGUCCCGACUCCCGCCCCUACGCUGGAGCCUACGGAGGAUACGGCGCGUACGGUCAUGGUUACGGCGCCCACGGAGCUGGCCUGGCUGGCGCUCACUUGGCUGCAGCUCCUUUAGCCGGUGCACACGCUAACCCCUGGGCUAACGCUGCUCCUCUCGCCGGAGCUGGUCUAGGUCACGCCAACCCUUGGGCUAACGGAGCGCCUCUCGCCCACGCUGGUGUCGGUGCCUACGGCGCUCGCGGUCUCGGAUACGGCUCACAGUUGGGCUGGUAGAUGUAACGUUAUUCAUUUGACUGACCUGUGAUAGUUGCAAAGUAUAGUAAAAUAAACUGAUUCUAUUGAA